AUGUUCUUCUUCUUCACCUGCGGAACCCACACCUUCUCCUCCCGCCUCUCGGGCCACGAGAACCUCACCGUCCAGUGCCAGAACUGCGGAAACUUCUCGGGCCACUUGUAUAAACGCUGGGAGUGGUUCACAUUCUGCUUCAUACCCAUCGUGCCCUUCUCGCUAAAGCCGUACCGCGACGUCGGGUGCCACAUUUGCAACUUCUACCAGGACAUCAAGUACAGGCCGGAUGUGCAGGCGCAAAUGGGCGGAGGGGGACAGCAGCAGCAGGGUUAUGCGAUGGGGCCGCCGCAGGGUCAGCAGGGACAGCAGGGCUAUGGGGGACAUUAUCAGGGACAAGGGGGACCGCCGCCGCAUGGAGGUGUGCCGCAGUAUAAGUGA